CAGUCGGUCCGUGCGGAGCGCUCCUCCAAUGACUCACAUCUGCGGGGGUGGGGAGUCCACGCAAGUUUGAAACUUGGAUUUCAGGGGGGGAGAAAAAAGACAACACAAUGGGAUACGAGCUGGACCGCUUCAAGGGGACCGUGGACCCGGAUUUCAAAUGCAACUUGUGCAAUAAGGUGCUGGAGGACCCGCUCACCACCCCGUGCGGACACGUCUUCUGCUCCGGCUGCGUGCUGCCCUGGGUCGUCCAGCAGAGCAGCUGCCCCGUCAAAUGCCAGCGGAUCUCCACCAAGGAGCUGAACCACGUCCUGCCCCUCAAGAACCUCAUCCUGAAGCUGGAGAUCAAAUGUGACAACCACGCCAGGGGCUGCGACGCCGUGGUGAGGCUGCAGCGCCUGGCCGAGCACGCCGAGAUGUGCGCCUUCUCCCCGGCCAAGUGCCGCAACAGGGGGUGCGACGCGGUGCUCAACCUGCGGGACGUGGACGCGCACAUGCGGGAGACGUGCGAGCACAGGCCGGCGGGGACGUGCGAGGGCGGCUGCGGGCUGACGCUCACCCACCGCGAGCUGAAGUCGAAGAGCCACUGCUGCGUGCGCGCGCUGAAGGCGCACAACGGCGCGCUGCGCUGCAGGCUGCUGCUGCUGGACCGCGAGCUCAAGACGCAGACCAUCCGGGCCAACGACCGGGAGAAGGCGCUCCUGGCGCAGCUGUCCGCCGUGCACGGCGAGCUGCAGAUGACCGCGCUCAAGUACCAGAAGAAGUUCACCGAGUACAGCGAGCGCAUCGACUCCCUCACCAAGACCGUGGCUUUCUCCUGCAAGGAAGGCGAGACUAAAAGCGUGACGGUUGUGCUUCUCCGUGAGGGCGGAUCUCUGGGUUUUAACAUCAUAGGAGGAAGGCCAUGCGCGGACGACAACGACAGCACUUCAAACGAAGGGAUCUUUGUAUCUAAGAUCAUCGAGAAAGGACCAGCGGACAAGGAGGGAGGCCUUCAGAUCCACGACAGAAUAAUUGAGGUCAACGGGAAGGAUCUCUCCAAGGCCACACACGACCAGGCGGUGGAGGCCUUCCGCACCGCCAAGGAGCCCAUCAUGGUCCAGGUUCUGCGCCGAGCCCCGUACCCCAAGCAGGCCGGCGGCCCGGCGGCGGACGCCCAGCUCACGGACAUCAGCACCCAGACCGACAUCACCCUGCAGCACAUCAUGGCCCUCACACAGAUGCCUUCCUCCUCGCCGCCGAUGACGGAGCUGGAGGAGUACCUGCUCCCCGACGAACACACUCCGGGCCACGCGUACUUCGACCCCAACGACUUCCUGGAGGGCAUGCAGCAGGACAUCGAGCGCGAGGAGCUGGAGUACGAGGAGGUGGAUUUGUACCGAGCCAACAUCCAGGACAAGCUGGGCCUGACGAUCUGCUACAGGACCGACGACGAAGACGAGGCCGGGAUCUACAUCAGUGAGAUCGAUCCGAACAGCAUCGCCGCCAAAGACGGCAGAAUUCGGGAGGGUGACAAAAUCAUACAGAUUAAUGGUGUUGAGAUCCAGAAUCGGGAGGAUGCCGUCGCUCUGCUGACCAGCGAGAGCAACCAGAACAUCUCUCUGCUGGUGGCCAGACCGGAGAUGCAGCUGGAUGAAGGCUGGAUGGAUGACGACAGCAGGAACGACUUCCUGGACGACCUCCACAUGGACAUGCUGGAGCAGCAGCACCAUCAGGCCAUGCAGUUCACUGCCAGCAUGCUGCAGCAGAAGAAGCUGGAGGAGGACGGAGGCACCACAGACACUGCUACGCUGCUCUCCAACCACCACGAGAAGGACAGCGGCGUCGGCCGCACCGACGAGAGCACGCGCAACGACGAGAGCUCGGAGCAGGAGAACCUGGGCGACGACCAGACCACCGCCUCCAACACGCUGGGCAGCUGCAGGAAGCUGGCCUACAGCCAGGACACGCUGGGGAGCGGCGACCUGCCCUUCAGCAGCGAGCCCCUCAUCUCCGGGGACUACGCCGACACCGACUUCCUCGGCAUCCCCGCCGACGAGUGCGAGCGCUUCAGGGCGCUCCUGGAGCUGAAGUGCCAGAUGAGCGGAGCUCAGAGCCUGUACGGCCAGGGAGGGGCGGCGGCGGCGGCGGCGGCGGGGGCUCCAGACCAGGAGGGUGUGGACAAGGAGCUGGAGCUGCUCAACGAGGAGCUGCGCACCAUCGAGCUGGAGUGCCUGAACAUCGUCCGCGCUCACAAGAUGCAGCAGCUGAGGGAGCAGUGCCGCGAGUCCUGGAUGCUGCACAACAGCGGCUUCCGCAACUACAACACCAGCAUAGACGCCCGCCGCCACGAGCUGUCCGACAUCACGGAGCUGCCGGAGAAAUCCGACAAGGACAGCUCCAGCGCCUACAACACGGGCGAGAGCUGCCGCAGCACCCCUCUGACCCUGGAGCUCUCCCCGGACAACUCGCUCCGUCGAGGGGCGGAGGAUUCGGCCGGACCGUCCGCCGUCGCCGCCGGCUCCAACGGCCGGGCGCUCAAACCGCUGCUGUCCCCCGUCCAGGAGGCCUGUGGCCCGAGCCGUAACCGAGGCUCCUCCAAGGAUCCGGACGCACCGCCGCAGGCCGAGGGCAAGGAGAGGAAGCUGGGGGAGUCCGGUAAAAGUGGACGGAACUUCCAGCCCCACUCGCCUUACAAGCACGCCCACAUUCCCGCGCACGCCCAGCACUACCAGAGCUACAUGCAGCUCAUCCAGCAGAAGUCCGCCGUGGAGUACGCGCAGAGCCAGAUGAGCCUGGUGAGCAUGUGCCGGGACCCCAUCGGCCCCGGCGACCUGGAGCCCAAGAUGGAGUGGAAGGUGAAGAUCCGCAGCGACGGCACGCGCUACAUCACCAAGCGGCCCGUCCGGGACAAGCUGCUGAGGGAGCGCGCCAUCCGCAUCCACGAGGAGCGCAGCGGGAUGACCACCGACGACGACGCCCUGAGCGAGCUGAAGAUGGGCCGCUACUGGAGCAAGGAGGAGAGGAAGCAGCACGCGGUGCGCGCCAAGGAGCAGAGGCAGCGCCGCGAGUUCAUGAAGCAGAGCCGGGCCGACUGUCUGAAGGAGCCGCCCGGCCCCGAGGACAAGAAGGAGCCCAACAUCAUCGAACUCAGCCACAAAAAGAUGAUGAAAAAGAGGAAUAAGAAAAUAUUUGACAACUGGAUGACUAUCCAGGAACUGCUGACCCACGGUACCAAGUCGCCGGACGGCACGAGGGUUUACAACUCGCUGCUGUCGGUGACCACAGUCUGAGCGUCCCGCAGGAUGGACUGUACAUAGGACCCUACCUGCCCUGUUCAAUGUGGCAACAUGCUGUACAUAGGAAAUGAGGACGGACGUUUUCCACCUCGGUGGUGAGAAGAAGCUCCUUCAAAUGCCGACAUGAUCUUUUUCCGUAGCGUUUUCUACCUUUUGGCUCACUCUUUUGGAUACUUUUGGAAACAAAACCACAGCAUUGGACAUUUUUGGAAGGUUUUUAAACACAGAAAAAGCCAGCAUUUACACGAUUUUACAUUAUUUUGUUUCGUACUAUGUUAUCUUUUACCAGUAUUUUACUGCAUACUUAAUGCUUUUAUGGAAACAAUGCUAUUUUCCUGCAAGGUAGAACACAUAACCCUUUUCAAAAGGACUUUUGUAAAUUGAUUAAAAAAAGAAAGAAAUACAGAUUUUGUAUGAAAUUCACUUUUUUUCCAGUUUGUUUCUUGAAUGGUGCUGAUUUCCCAAAGCAGAAGACCACCAGCGACGUACCAUCUUUUACAUAAUGUAGACGACAUCGUAACGUGAUAUCAUUGUGUAUGUAUUCGCAGAACGACGCUUCUCGCGUUGUUGAAAUUGAAAUGCCUGUUUUUGCUCAAGCACGCAUCGUAGUCGCUUUCGUAGGGUUCCAUGUAUUGAACGGAGUAACGGCUUAAAACCCUUUUAGUUAGCCACACAAUUUGAUGUCCUGUAAAAUGAGAGAAAUAAUAAAUUAUUGUUUUAUAUAUGAA